AUGUCUGAAUCAGAAUAUUUUGAUGUAAUUAUUGUUGGUUGUGGUGCUGCAGGAAUUGCAACUGGUAUAGAUUUACACGAAGCUAACAUAUCGUCAUUCGUUAUACUUGAAGCACGUGACCGCAUUGGAGGUAGAGCAUAUACAAAAAUGUUGGACGGCAUACCCGUUGAUUUGGGUGCCAAUUGGAUUCACCAUUAUUCGCCUAAUAAUCCAUUGUAUAAAUAUACACAAAAUGGAGAACUUUUAGCUGAUAAUCAAUGGCAUACUGAUCUAUUAUAUGAUUAUGAUGGUAGUAGCAUACCACUACAUGUCACGAGAAAAGCGCAAAGAAUAGCACAAACUUUAUUUAAUAUUGUUGAUGAUUACCGAAAUAAAGUUUUAAAAGAACAAGCAACAGAUGUGUCAAUAGCUGAAGUAAUUGAACACGCAUAUGAGAAAGAAGUACAAGGACUAUUACCUCAAUGUAAACGUGUUGUAGAUUUAAUAAUGGGUGGUGUAGAGCAGUAUGAAGCGUCGAAUUUAGAAAAAUUGUCAGCUACGUAUUAUGAGGCUGGUAAUGGAGACUUUGAAUGUGACAAAUUUGUUCAGUAUGGCUAUGGACUUUUAUUACAAAAAAUUGGUCAUAAUCUUCCCGUUCGUCUCAACACUAUUGUCACGCAUGUUGAUACCAGUGAUAGAUCACUAAUCGAAAUUCGUACGAAUCAUACAAAUUACACAUGUAAAUAUUUAUUAAUAACGAUCCCUUUAGGCUGCUUGAAAAAAGAAACAAUUAUGUUUCAUCCAAGAUUACCAGAAUGGAAACUGGCCGCUAUCAGACAAAUGGGUUUUGGCCUUAUGAAUAAAAUUAUUCUACAAUUUCCAUACAAUUUCUGGAAUUCUGCCACUUAUAUCAAUCGCACAAGUAAUUUGAUAAGAGGAGAGUUUCGUUGUAUGUAUAGUUUACAUGCACAGUACAAUUUAUCCAAUGAAAAUUGUAAUAUACUCGUUAUAUUUACAACGGGUAAUUUUGCUUAUGAAAUUGAAACAUUGACUGAUCAAGAAUCGAUUGAACGUGUUAUGAAAAUACUACGAACAUUGUUUGAGUCAAAUGAAGUACUCAUACCGAAUCCAUUAAAAUUUCUUAUAUCACGUUGGUCACACGAUCCAUUCGCUUAUGGUUCAUAUUCGAAUUUUGCAGUCAAUGCAACAGAGCAAAUUGUAUUUGAUUUAAGUCAAGAAUGUUUUUUAAAUCGUGUACAUUGGGCUGGAGAGCAUACAAAUGAAGGUAGCACAAUUGGAUGUGUCGAUAGUGCGUUUGAAAGUGGACAAAGAGAAGCCAAAAAAAUCAUUGAAAAGUUAAAUAUCGUUAAGGCUUCCUGA